CUCGCUUCUAGGGUUUUCAACCUCCUCUCCCCGAUUGGUGUCUUGAUGUCUUCGAUUUCGGCCGUCGAUCGUCUUUCGUUGAUGAAGUACGUGUUUCCGAUCGAGCGAUUGCCUGAGUGGGUUAGGUUUUUGCUUCAGAGCGAGCGAGAUUGCCGGGUUUUGGCCGAUUUCUGUCCCUUGUUUAAAGGUAGGAUCAAGGAAGAUUCAAUUAAGGGUUCGUUUCAAGUUCAAUUGAAUGUGUUUGAGUAUUACUUUUUCUGGUUUGCUUAUUACCCUGUAUGCAGAGGAAAUAAUGAGAAUUCUGAUACCGUGAGGGUUCGGAGGAGUCGAAAGUUUCGAUUGGAGAAUUGGGCUUCUUCAUUUCCUGGAUUAUCGACCAAUAAGCGUGGUGGCUCAGAGCAGAAAGUUGAGUGUGGUUUGUAUUUACGCCUUCUUUAUUCUUAUCUUCGUGCAUUUGUGCCAAUUUCUGUUAAUACACACCAACCUUAUCGUAGCUCGCUUCUACAUUACAAUUCGAGCUAUGAUAAUUCUGUUGUCGAUCAAGCCGAGUUCAUUGUUAAUGCCCUGAAACACUUUUGGUUAGUCGAUAACGAUUUCUCACCCGUACCUGUGAAUGUAUGCAAAUCGUUCGGAGGGUCGUUUCCUUUUCGUUCGGUUCUUGGCGAGACUCCGCCCACUUCUGGGUUGGGAGAGGUAGUCAAUUUGUUUGUUAAGUAUCUGAAUUUGAGUUCAGUUGCGCUUACUGAAGUGUCUGAUCAGGUUGAAUGUAGUGAGAGUCCUAGGUGGAGGGUAUUGGGAUCUUCUGAUGUUUUCAAGUCGAGGAAUGCUAUGUCAGCAACUUCUGGUGUGGAUUCUAUUGGUUGCUGGAACUCAUGGAUUCAGAGGCCAUUGUACCGGUUCAUAUUGAGGACUUUUUUGUUUUGCCCUGUGGAGACUUCUAUCAAGAAUGCAUCUCAGGUGUUCUCUGUUUGGAUUAGUUAUAUGGAGCCUUGGACAAUCAGCUUGGAAGAUUUUAAGGAGCUAGAGGCAGAUGUUGGUACAUUAGCUAAAAAUACGACAAAGGUGAAUCCCCAAUAUUCAUCUUCAUGGCAGGCCUUUGUAUUGUCCAAUUAUCUGUUCUACAGUUCCUUGGUUAUGCAUUUUUUUGGAUUCGCACACAAGUUCCUUCACACAGAUCCAGAAGUAAUCGUGCAAAUGGUAUCAAAGGUUUGUUUCUCACUAGCAAUUCUUUUAAUUACAUAUUGUUAUGAUUUGAAUCACUAUGCAUAUAUUAAUGUUGCUUUAUGAAGGGAAUAGAGAAUAUAUGCUUAAAUUUUUUUGCGGGGCCUUUAUCUUGGACUUUUGAACUGAGAAUUUUGGCUCAAAACUUAGAAGAUUGUGGGUAACGAAUUCAGACUAGUAGUCUCAUGUAUGAUAUAUUGCAGCUGUUAAAAAGUGCAAAGACUGUUACCCGCUUUAUUUCUUGCUGAAUAAGCUGUUGGGUGGUAAAUUCCCAA